AUGUCCUCUCCAAGAGUCCAGCUACAAGCAUUCCACAAUGGCGUCAAACUGAAUCUUGACAGCUUGAGAACGCCGCCAAGUGCCUACUCUCGCCAUAUACGCUAUGGCAUCUUGGAAUUCUCUCCCUUGUUGGACUCGAGCUCGAUUUCCUCCACGGGUUGGACAGAGAUCGCUCAGACUGUCAAGGAGAACUACCACCUCUAUGACGGAUUUGUGGUUCUUCAUGGCACCGACUCCUUGUCAUACACCGCCUCGGCUCUAUCGUUCAUGAUGUCUGACCUAGGGAAGCCGGUCAUCCUGACAGGUUCCCAGGCCUCCAUAUUUGCUCUGCAGUCCGACGCAGUGGACAACCUCCUCGGUUCCUUGAUCGUUGCUGGCACCUUCGUCAUCCCCGAAGUCUGUCUUUUCUUCCACCACACGCUCUUUCGGGGCAACAGAACGACCAAGGUCUCAGCAUCAUCCUUCGAGGCCUUCGACAGCCCCAACUGCGACCCCCUAGCCAAGGUAACCAGCCUGGGCGUCGACGUCAACUGGUCUCUCGUUCGGCGGCCGACGAGAAUUGCAGAAUUUCAAGUAACCAAGUAUCUAGACACGGCACAUGUUGCAUGUCUGCGAAUUUUCCCGGGCAUCAAGCCGGAAAUGGUGGACUCGGUUCUUCGAGUCCCCAAUCUCAGGGGGUUGAUCCUCGAGACCUUCGGCAUGGGCAAUGCUCCAGGCGGCGUGGAUGGGAGCUUGACCAAGGUCAUUCGUGAAGCCGUGGAGCGCGGCAUUGUCAUCGUCAAUGUCAGCCAGUGCACCAACGGCUUCGUCUCACCACUCUACGCACCAGGCACAGCGCUAGGAAGGGCCGGAGUGGUAUUUGGGCACGACCUUACUACCGAGGCUGCUUUGACUAAGCUCUCGUACCUCCUGGCCGUACCGAACCUCACCUACGCGAACGUCCAGGCAGAGAUGGCUCACUCCAUCCGCGGGGAGAUGACUGAGAUGGCGCUCCCGAGCUUCUCCCACCCGGCAGGCACGCUCGAUUCCGCUGUUGGUCGUCUCACCUCGUCUGAAUCCGCCUUCACAGCUCUAGGGUACGCCAUCAGGAAUGGCGAUUACCAGUCUGUGCAGGAAAUUCUCGAGGGAGAUGAAGUGAACCACCAGCUGCUCAAGAAGGCCGACUAUGCAGGCAACACUGCCGUCCACCUGGCGGCAGCUGGCGGUAAACUAGAGAUCCUCAGGGAGUUGCUGCUUCGUGGGGCCAGCGUUCAUGUGAGGAACUGGGCGAACAACACGCCGUUGUUCCUGGCAGAGAAGACCGGCCAUUCUGAGUGCGUCGCCCUCUUGAGGGAGGCGGGCGCUCAUCUAUGGGAACACGAAGCGGCCUUAGCUGGCCUGACAAGUGAGGCUUCGAAAGAUGUGACAACGCCUACUCGUAUCGUAGCGGCCAACGGGGCCUGA